AUGGAAGAAGCUUUCAUGGCGAUGCUCUCCCACCUCCUCCACCUCCAAAACUCCCUAGACCCAACAAGCACCAUCUUCUCCUCAUCCUCCUCCUCCACAUCUUCCCCAUCUCCCACCACACCUUCCUCUCUCCUCUCCUCCUCCUCCGCCGCCCCUCUCCUCUUCUUCACCCUCGCCUCUCUCCUCUCCUUCCUCUCCGUCUCCAGAUCCUCCCCCAACUCCAACGACUCCUCCUCCUCCUCCUCCUCACCUUCCCCUCCUCCCCCUCUCCCCGACGGCGACUACUCCAGUUUGAGGCAAGCGUUGGCUGAUGAUUUGCAUCAGAGGCUCUCUUCAAGGUAA